UAAAUAAGCGGAAACCCCCGCCGACUGCCAUAUAUGUAAGUCCCUGUAGCCGCCGUUUCGCCCAGGAAGGGUGUGGUUUUGCGCCAACCAAAUAUUCUGUCUGACGGCAGAGUGAAGUCAGUGAAGUCACUCCUUCAGUCUGCCUGCCCAUGAACGCAGACGAUCUUUCCAUUCCUGUGUCGUCUGCAGCACUCGUCUGUCGCGUUCUGCGCGCAGACGGCGCGAGUUUUCCGGUGUGUUUGACGGAUACGCCGUGGAUGACUGAUCAUACUUCGGAAUAUUCGCAUCGCCAGUUCCCCGAAGCCAGCAUGGCCGCCGCGAACGGACCUCUGGUAGGUGUUAGCAGCCCACGGACUGGGGCUGACGGACGAAAGUUCAUUACAGAGGCGGUUUUCCGGCAACUUCGAUCUCCGUGCCUGUGUGUGUCUGCUACUGAAGGGCAACAACGUGCAUUUUAUGGUUGGAUGUAACAUGCUUCGACCAGCCGUGUACUACCUUGUAAUCUGUGUGUGUGCUUCAACUUCCGUCAGCCAUGUCACCCAGGUUUCGUAAGAACUCCGUUCUAGUCACUGCAUGUGUCGUUUUUGUUUUUCUAUUUUGUGUGGUGGUGUCUCCUAGAAGCUACUGUAAUGUCACUGCGACUCGCAAAAAAAGUGUUCAAAGGUGCGUGCACGACCCCGUCCCGUGUCCCAGACUUUCUUACCCUGACCGCACGAACGAUUCCUUAAUCGAUUUCAAAGAUUUCAAGUUGGUUCUCAACACAAAGCCCUGCACCGACGAGGCGACGGUGCUCGUUCUGGUACAUUCUGCAGCGAAUCACUUCAAAGAGCGCGAUUCCAUACGGAGCUCUUGGUCAGCAGGAAGCGGUUGGCUCAAGAACUUAAGUCUACGCGUUGUGUUCUUCUUAGCCGACGUAGAGGACGCUAGCCUUCAAGCCCUAAUCGAGCACGAAAAUCACUUUUACGGAGAUACCGUGCAAGGUAAUUUCGUUGACUCUUACCACAAUCUAACGUACAAACACAUCAUGGCGCUACGUUGGGCCACGACGUACUGUCCCACAGUUCCACGCGUCAUCAAGAUGGACGACGACAUCUUCGUGCACGUUUUCAACCUGGCGAAAGCCCUGGAACUCACGGAAGGGAUGGGAACUGGAUGGAUCGCCUGUUACGUGCAGAGGCAGAUGCCAGUCGUCCGGAGUCCUGGAAGCAAGUGGCGUGUCGAAGAGAGCGACUACCCCGGGUCAUUCUUCGAAGACUACUGUUCCGGCUGGGCUUAUCUCACCGAACCUGCAACCAUCGCCUCCAUUAUUGAAGAAUCCAGGUACAGGCCGUACUUUUGGGUCGACGACGUUCACGUAACAGGGACCCUGGCCAGGAUGGCUGGAGUCAGGUUGCACAGGACGAACUCGUUCUACACGACGGAGGCUCAGACUUUGGCCGCGUGGGCAGACAACGGGGAAGGGAAGAGACUGGACUGGAAAUACACUUUCGGUCCCACGUGGGGUGAAGUGGAACUGGUGCAGAAUGCUCAUCGGAAGGCGAAGUGGUGCAGAAAAGUGAGAUGCCAGUGUUGUUUUAAGGUAGAAGCGUCGAAGCCCGGUGGAGGUGAAGAAGGUAACGCCUCGACAGCGCGUCUUGCCGGGAAAGCAGUGGUUGUACCUCUGGCGGUCUGAUUUGAAAUAAGCGAACAGUGUCAGCGAACGCCUCUGAUGAGCGGGCGUAGAGCUACAUGUUGUUCCAUAACUGCCAUAAGUCAUUCUGAGCUCAAUUUUAAGGUGAAACAUGAUUCGACGUGAUGAUUGAGUAUUAAAUGCUGUUACUGUA